GCAGACGAGCUCCGCGCCCCACGGUCCCUCGCCCUGCGUCGGGGCGCGCGUCCAGCCUUGUCUAACGCCGGCGACCAAUAAAGUUGGUUGAAAUCGUAGAGGGAGCCGGUAGCUCGUUGCUAAGGAAGUGGGCCGAGGAUACGGGUUGCUAAGGAAGUGCGCCGCCGCCGUCUCUCCCCAUCCGGGGCAGCGGGGAAUGGCUGAGCCCAGCGACCGGCCGCCGCCGCUGCCACAGCCACCGCUUGGUCCGGCCCCGUCCCCGGGCUUCGACCUCAGGAUUUUAGCAUCCUGAGGUAUAUUGGAUCAGCAGUCAUUAAAAUUCAUCCCACACUGACCUGUCACCAUGUCUAAGUUGAAGAGCUCAGAGUCGGUCAGGGUGGUGGUACGAUGUCGUCCUAUGAAUGGCAAAGAAAAGGCUGCUUCGUAUGAUAAAGUUGUUGAUGUGGAUGUGAAGCUAGGGCAGGUGUCAGUCAAGAAUCCUAGGGGAACAACUCAUGAGAUGCCCAAGACUUUUACCUUUGAUGCUGUGUAUGACUGGAAUUCCAAGCAAUUUGAGCUUUAUGAUGAGACUUUCAGACCUCUUGUAGACUCUGUUCUUCAGGGUUUCAAUGGAACCAUCUUUGCUUAUGGGCAAACAGGGACUGGGAAAACCUACACAAUGGAAGGGGUUCGUGGUGACCCUGAGAAAAGAGGUGUCAUCCCUAACUCGUUUGAUCAUAUCUUUACCCAUAUUUCUAGAUCCCAGAAUCAGCAGUACCUUGUCAGGGCCUCUUACCUAGAAAUAUACCAAGAAGAAAUCCGAGAUCUGCUGUCAAAGGAUCAGACAAAAAGGCUUGAAUUGAAAGAGAGGCCAGACACUGGUGUCUAUGUGAAGGAUCUGUCUUCCUUUGUUACAAAGAGUGUCAAAGAAAUAGAACAUGUCAUGAAUGUAGGAAAUCAGAACCGUUCAGUUGGUGCUACCAACAUGAAUGAACACAGUUCUCGAUCUCAUGCCAUCUUUGUUAUCACUAUUGAGUGCAGUGAAGUAGGGCUUGAUGGAGAAAAUCAUAUUCGUGUGGGGAAGCUGAAUCUAGUAGAUCUUGCAGGCAGUGAACGCCAAGCCAAGACAGGAGCUCAAGGGGAAAGGUUGAAAGAAGCCACCAAGAUUAACCUGUCCCUUUCAGCUUUGGGUAAUGUCAUAUCUGCUCUUGUAGAUGGCAAAAGCACUCACAUUCCAUAUCGGGACUCAAAACUUACAAGGCUCUUACAAGACUCCUUAGGUGGCAAUGCUAAAACUGUGAUGGUGGCCAAUGUUGGGCCUGCAUCUUAUAAUGUAGAAGAAACCCUCACCACACUGAGAUAUGCCAACCGUGCCAAAAAUAUUAAGAAUAAGCCAAGAGUUAAUGAGGAUCCUAAAGAUGCCCUCCUUCGAGAAUUUCAAGAAGAGAUUGCUCGGCUUAAGGCCCAGCUGGAAAAACGUUCCAUUGGCAAAAGAAAAAAGAGAGAAAAACGCCAAGAAGGGGUUGGAGGCAGAGAGGAAGAAGAGGAGGAGGAAGAGGGAGAAGGUGAAGAAGGUGAGGAUGAAGGUGAGGAUAAGGAUGACUACUGGAGGGAGCAACAAGAAAAACUGGAGAUUGAAAAGAAGGCCAUUGUAGAGGAUCACACCUUGGUAGCUGAAGACAAGAUGAGAUUAUUAAAGGAGAAGGAGAAAAAGAUGGAGGAUCUGAGGAGGGAGAAAGAUGCUGCAGAAAUGCUGGGUGCCAAGAUCAAGGCCAUGGAAAGUAAGCUGCUUGUUGGAGGAAAAAAUAUAGUUGACCAUACCAAUGAACAACAAAAAAUACUUGAGCAGAAGCGACAGGAAAUUGCAGAGCAAAAACGCCGAGAACGUGAAAUUCAACAACAGAUGGAAAGUCGGGAUGAAGAAACACUGGAGCUGAAGGAGACUUACAGCUCUUUACAGCAAGAGGUGGACAUCAAGACCAAGAAACUCAAAAAGUUGUUUUCUAAGCUCCAGGCUGUAAAGGCAGAAAUACAUGACCUUCAGGAAGAGCAUAUAAAGGAGCGUCAGGAGCUGGAACAGACUCAAAAUGAACUCACCAGAGAAUUAAAACUCAAGCAUCUUAUUAUAGAAAACUUCAUUCCUUUGGAAGAGAAAGGUAAAAUCAUGAAUAGAUCCUUCUUUGAUGAAGAGGAAGAUCAUUGGAAAUUGCAUCCUAUAACCCGACUGGAUAAUCAGCAGAUGAUGAAACGGCCUGUUUCAGCUGUGGGAUAUAAGAGGCCACUUAGCCAACAUGCGAGGAUGUCCAUGAUGAUUCGUCCAGAGGCUCGAUAUAGGGCAGAGAAUAUCGUAUUACUAGAAUUGGAUAUGCCUAGUCGGACAACCAGAGACUAUGAGGGUCCAGCUAUUGCUCCCAAAGUCCAAGCUGCUUUGGAGGCUGCUCUGCAGGAUGAAGAUGAAAUACAGGUGGAUGCUUCAUCCUUUGAGAGCACAUCAAAUAAAAAAUCCAAGGCUAGGCCCAAAAGUGGAAGAAAGUCAGGAUCCUCCUCGUCUUCUUCUGGAACUCCUGCAUCUCAACUUUAUCCACAAUCCCGGGGGCUGGUUCCAAAGUAAAACCAGUAACUCCUCUCAAGGCGUGAGCAGCAGCUGCCGCCUUCUGAGAGAAGAAACCAGCAAAAACCUGCAGAGAGGCCUUCAGACCAAACCAAGAACCCCUUCUUUCUAGGGAAUUAUGAGGGCCUCUUUGCUGAAUAACUGACUUGUGUCCAAAUGUACUGGUCCUGGGGGUUCUGAAACAUGAGAGGAAGAGAUUUAUAAUUUGGCAUUCAGCCCUUUGGGGGAAAUUAUUUUAGUUAGUAAAUCAGAAAUGCAUGGGUUACAGUAAAGUGUGUUAGUGGCAAUGAGGUGGUCCCUUCUCCUUCAAUUUCAACCUGUUUUUUGCACUGAGCUCCUUUACUAUUGAACAGAAGGAGCAGAGUUGAGAGUUGCCAUAGCUGGAUCGGCUCUCUAGAGCCCUUAGGGGCCAGAUGACAGGGGAGUUUGAAAAGCAAGUCUUAAAAUGUGAUUUGAUGCAUGCUCUGUUUAGAGAAAUCCAGAGAGCUUCAUUUGAGUUUAAAUUCCAGGUAGGCAGGAAUAGAGAUCUUCCCCCAUCCCCAUUAAGAAAUAUUUGCCUCCCUUGAGAGUUAUUGGAUGAGGGGGUUGUAUCUUAGGGUCCUAUGUAUUUCUGCUCCUGAAGGAUAUGACAAUGGAAGCAACAGAAAUUGACAUCCUUUGCCUACUUGGUAGGUUUAGGAAAUAGCUUCUUUCAGACCUCAGUUGUGACCAUCUGUCAAGAGUAAGUUGACAAACUGAAGCGAGUUUCAAAUAGUGUCCCUUUUUUCUCUUCAUUCAGUAUCAUAUUGCCACACACAGCCAGUCCUUCUCUGAGUCUGGGCCUCUCUGUUUUGAGGAAGAAUGCCUUACUCUGCUUUUGCUAAUAGUGAUGGGAUUAGGGAUAAAGGGAUGAAGUAGUUACAACUUUGAGUUCACUUGAAGACCAAGGGAAGUACUUCAUUGAGAUAAUUGCUGGGGUUUUGUGCCUCAUUCUCUUCCAUAAAGGAACAGAUUCAUUAACCUUUAUUAACCCUAUAGGAGAACAGAAUCAGGCUGACUCAUAAUAGGAGGUAUGAGACUUCAUGCUGUGGUAGGUAACUGGGGACACACUAGCCUGGGGCAAAGGAACUGUGCCUCCUAGUGAUCUUUCCAUAAUCAUUUGAGGCAGUAGCAGACCGCCAUCAUACAGCAGAACUGCAGGCUUACUCCACAGGCCUGAGCUGAAGGUAGAUGAACUGCUGUGUGUGACUGCCUAUGUUAAGAAGAGUUCCUGUUUGCAAAUACUAGUUUGGUUUGUAAGUUUUAGUUUAUUGUACAUUGACAUUUGGAGCUAUAUUUUAUUUUGGUCGUCAUAUGAAUGUUACUUGUUCCCUCCACUCAAAAAAGUCCAAGCUCGUGCGUGUGUGUGUGUGUGUGUGUGUGUGUGUGUGUGUGUGUGCACGCGUGCUCGUGCGUAUGCCUGCAUCUCUGUAUAUGUGUGAGGAUCUGCCCAUUUCUAGAACUACACUAAUGUGUGAGUGUUGCCUCUUGUCUUUGUGAAAUGCUCACUAUGUAACUUUGUUCAGGCUGGAAAAGCUCAACAGUGUAGGUAUCUGACUCCAUAAGCAGGGGGAACAGUAGUCUCUGAGUCAGCCGUGCUGGGGUACCUUGCUGGCAAUAGUGCCUCAAUGAGAUGGCUGCUCAGGUGGACCAUGGGUUAUGUUCUAACUCUGCUGCUCAGUUCCCAGCGCAUGUUUCUGGAUCAGAACCACAAGACUGGCUUUUGCCUAUCUAUGGAAAAGGGAGGAACCAUGUGCAAUGUCUGUCAUUCUGAAAAACAGAGACCUGUAUAACAUCUCCCUUCUCCUUUGCAGAAACCAUUAUUCCUUGACAAAGAGCUCUUUCUUUCAUCAGCUUCAGUAGCAUCAUUGAGUUAUGCCUUCCUGCCUUUUUUCUGGGGAUUAAACCAUUUUCCCAUCUUCAAAACAGGAUUUUACUGAUUAAACAGAAACCAAAUGAUGAGGUUAUUGUACAGUCUGAGAUGGCUAUAGCUAUAUGUCUGUUUCUUCUACCCUAUUUUCCUUGAGCUUGUCAGAAUUCUGUGAGCUGAAAAUAUCCUUUCUGACAGGAAUAUUAUGUGAAUUGGAAACUGCAGGACAAACUGUACUUUAGUUUGUACUUUAUCCUGAAGUGACCAGUAUGACCAAGAGCUGGUGAGUGAGGCCCAAGAACUCUGUCAAAUAUGUGAACCAACAGCCAAGAAACUGAACACAGAGCCUUGCCUUGAUUGCCUUGAACUCUAUUUAUCUCAUGUGGAACUGGGGAAAUGAUAUAAAAGGAAACUUGUUUGGCAGGUGAAUGUUUUCUUUAAGGCAGCCUCCCUCUGGUGCUUUUCUUCACUCAAAAUUGAUAACAUAAACAUUGGAAUAGAGGUAGGCAGCAGACUGUCUUUGAGGAUGCUAGUAUGCUGAGGGCCUUUGUUCCAAAUUAGACCAAAAUGCAGAAGGUCUUAUAACACAUUGCUAACACACAGAUGGGUCACUCUGCCUGCCUGCCUGCCUGCCGGGCAUGCAUCUGAAUCAUCCGGAUUGUCUUCUAGCCAGAGAAGUUUAGAAAUGAAUCUACCAAACACUGAAGAAAAUUCUUCACUGAGUAGGUAGGCGUUUGAGCUGUUCACACAUCCACCAUCACAUUCAUCAGAAUGGUUUAACAUUUUUCACCUUUUGCUAUGGUCUGUAUCUGGUUUCAUUUUUAAAACUACAUGUUGGAUACCCUGGAUGCAUAGCCCAAAAUCACAAAUCAAGGAACAAAGCACUUUCAUAAGAAUCCUUAAAUUAAAUUGGAUUACUCUCCAUUUAAAUGCCUGCAUGUUGCUUGAAUUUAAUCAGCUAUCACACCACAAUCAGUUGAACUAGAGUAUCAUACAGACCAAGCUUUAGGUUUUUGUCACUUUGUUUUCUAACCCUUGUACUGAAUAUAGAUUUGUUGCCAUGUUUCUGAGAAGUGUUGAUUCUUUGUUAACUCGGGAAACCCUUCCUGCCCCAGGAUUCCAUUUGUGAAGCUGAGGCUUAUCCCAAACAGUAACUUUUCAGCAUUUGUAAUUGAAAAAAAAUCAAAACAAAAUGGGGUGUUACAACUUAUAAAAUGAUAAAGCAAAUGUUUGCACCUGGACAGAAAUGGUUGGACCUGGCUCUUCUGCACUCUGCAAGGGCUGGCAGCUGGUACUGUCUUAGGAAUAGUGGCCCUUCUCUCCCCUCCCAGCCUGGUCCCAGAUGUCUCAUGGAUCUUGAAAGAGAUGCUGUCAAAGUUGCUUUUGUACAAAAGAACUGUCUUGGGGAAAUCUUAUGGCUCCUUGGAGUUAAUACUGAUCUUAAAUCUUCUCUUUGACCACCUUUAGACAAAGAAUAUGUCAAUAGUUUGAGUUCUAGGUUUUACAGCUGAUAUUUAUUUGUAUCACUUCUUUCUUUGUCUAGGAAUGUAAAAGUGAUUCUAAAAUGAGAUGUGUAAUAAAAUCAUUCAGAUUUAUUGU